AUAACAUACGGCAGGGGAAUUUUUCCAUACCAUUUUUUUGCCUUGAAAUAUUCCAAUGAACAUUACAUUAGUUUCAUGUUGCCAUGAUAUAUUGAGCUAUUCCCACUCGGCCCCAAUUGGGGCUAUAUGCCUUCAAUGCACGUCACAUAUCAGGGAUUUCAAACAUUAUCAUGAAAAGAGCAGGACACUUUAUGCUUCAAAUUUUAAUUUAGAACUGAAUCCAUUGAAUGUAACUUUAUAUUGGAAUCUACUCAUCGAUGUAAUUCAAAGACGGACCUGCCCCAAAUGUGUCAACGAAUGUCUAUCCAAUCAAUAGCGAGAUAUUCGUUUCCUUGUUUACAUUCUCCCUAGGCGCACGAAAUGUUCCUCGAUUUUACGCCAAACCUGUAGGCUGAGCUAGGAUCCGGAUUGUGGCGUUUUCCCGGUCUACCGCAGCGCAAUAUCAGAUAAUGUACUUCCUAUUAUCUGUGUAACCAAGUACCCCGGAGCUAGAAGGAACGUAAUCACAUAAAGAAGACGAAGUAAAAACAAAACGACAAAGAGAAUAAAGAUUGAGUUUUGACGAAUAAUUUGACAAAGAAUCAUUAACCGAACAUAUAACGGAAACGGAUCUCUAUCAAAGUCCCACCCUCUCUCUCUCUCUCUCUCUCUCGCUCUCUCUCGCUCUCUCGCUCUCUCUAAAACCCAUGUAUCCCAAAGUCCCGCCCCCUCUCUUGCCAAUAACGCCGAUUUAGAGCAUCCCGUUCGUGGCGUUGCUUCGUGACGUUAACGCCUGGGAACGAGGUUACUAAACCUGGGAUCGGCGGCAGUCGUCAUAUUCGUGGCUGGUAACUUAAGGUCAUUGUAUAUGGUGGGGGUUACUUAAAAUAGUUUAAUCAAUUGUUGGAGAUUGGAUAACGCGUUGCGCAAAGCACUGGAUAUUCUCUGUCAUCUCCGUCAGGCUCACUCAUAAAUUCACCUGCGCAAACUAGAAAGGCAAGUUUCUCAAACGAAGCUUGAGAGAUCCGAGGACAACAUGGAUAUGGAUAGCACAACCACCGCCAACAACACCACCCCUUCUGGGUCGGCGGAACACCUGGGCUCCAAGUGCGGCUCCAUGGGGUCGGCCUCAGCAGAAGUCCGGGGCGGUGUGUGCAGCAGUGGGGGCUGGGAUGGAGGCGUGGGCAUGGCUCCUCUAGCGCUGGUCAAAAGCGAGAGUCAGAUGUCAAACACAGAGCUCCUGAAGUCCUGCUGCGGAGGCUCGUACAAAGCGGACCCCAGUGAGCUGAUCAGGAUGGAUUACAACCAACAGAGCAGGUGUGAUCUGAGCUACCUGGCCAACCUUAAGGAGGACGAGAGGAGCCCCCCGGACAGCACGUACGACGACUCUUGUUGUGACGACAAAGAGAGUUACGAGUCCAGUCCUUUUCAAGCAGUGGCAGAAAUCUGCUACAGCCAACCAAUUAAAAUGCUGCUGGUGGUGGUGCCAAAUGAGGCCUCCAUUCCUCAGCGAAAAGCCUACAACAAUGAGGAUGAAGCGUGGAAGAGCUACCUGGAGAACCCCCUCACAGCGGCCACCAAGGCCAUGAUGAGCAUCAACGGGGACGAGGACAGCGCUGCGGCCCUCAGUCUGCUCUAUGACUACUACAAGGUUCCCAGGGAGAGGAGAAACAUCGCCAGUGCUGUCAAACCCACCGAUCUGUCCGCCACAGCGACGAGGGACAGUUCCUCCAACCUGGAGCUGCUGGAGAACCAUCUCCAGGUUCUACGUUCCAUGCCCGUCAAUCUUUCAAUGAACUGUAGCACAACCACCGCCAACAACACCACCCCUUCUGGGUCGGCGGAACACCUGGGCUCCAAGUGCGGCUCCAUGGGGUCGGCCUCAGCAGAAGUCCGGGGCGGUGUGUGCAGCAGUGGGGGCUGGGAUGGAGGCGUGGGCAUGGCUCCUCUAGCGCUGGUCAAAAGCGAGAGUCAGAUGUCAAACACAGAGCUCCUGAAGUCCUGCUGCGGAGGCUCGUACAAAGCGGACCCCAGUGAGCUGAUCAGGAUGGAUUACAACCAACAGAGCAGGUGUGAUCUGAGCUACCUGGCCCACCUUAAGGAGGACGAGAGGAGCCCCCCGGACAGCACGUACGACGACUCUUGUUGUGACGACAAAGAGAGUUACGAGUCCAGUCCUUUUCAAGCAGUGGCAGAAAUCUGCUACAGCCAACCAAUGGACUCCUUCCAGUACACCCUGGAGGCCGGCAUGUCUCUACGCCAACGCCAGGGCGAGGGCCCCAUGGUUUACCUGAACCGCGGCCAGUUCUACGCCAUCACACUGCGCCAGUCGGGCCUCAGCUCCUGCCUCCGCCAGCCCGGGGCCAAGGCCCGGCCCAAUGGACCCCAGCCGGCCCGCGGGCGGCAAGGCACCGCGGGGGGCGCAGAGCUACCGCAGCAGACUAUUGUUCAGAGUGUCGUCAUGGUGGUUUUCGGGGAGGACAAGUGCAGAGACGAGCAGCUGAAUAACUGGAAGUAUUGGCACUCUCGCCAGCACACGGCCAAACAGAGGGUCCUGGACAUCGCCGACUACAAAGAGAGCUUCAACACCAUCGGGAAUGUAGAGGAAAUCGCCUACAAUGCAGUUUCCUUUACAUGGGACCUCACCGAAGAAGCAAAGGUCUUUAUCUCGGUGAACAGCCUGAGCACAGACUUCUCCCCCCAGAAGGGGGUGAAGGGGACCCCUCUGAGGAUCCAGAUCGACACCUACAGCUACCAGUGCUCCAGCAGCCGGCCCAUCCACCGCGCCUCCGCCCACAUCAAGGUGUUCUGCGACAAGGGGGCGGAGAGGAAGAUCCGUGAUGAGGAGAAGAAACAGCUCAGAAAGAAGAUAAAAGGCAAAAAUGGCAACCCAUGUGCGGCUCUCCCAAUGAGGAAGGCUGACAGCACGCUGUUUAAAGUGUUGAAAGACUUGGACUCCCAGCCCGUCCUGUUCAUCCCUGACGUCCACUUUGGUAACCUGCAGAGAGCCGGACAGGUCUUUGCCUUCAAAUCCGAGGAGAUGGGCAAAGAAGGCAGCGUUUCACUGAAGAGGCCCCAUUGUCCCGCCGAAGAAGACUUCCACCCGCCAGCCGCUAAGACGGCCAAGGUGGAACCUGAAAGAAAAGUCCUGCUGUAUGUGAGGAAGGAGUGUGACGAGGUAUUCGAUGCCCUGAUGCUGCGCUCCCCAACGCUGCAGGCCUUGAUGGAAGCUAUAUCUGAGAAAUAUGCACUGCCUUUGGACAAGAUGGCCAAAGUUUACAAAAAGAGCAAAAAAGGGAUCUUGGUCAACAUGGACAACAACAUCAUCCAGAAUUACUCCAAUGAGGACACCUUCAUCCUGGCCAUCGAAAGCUCAGCUAACUCCUUGCAAGUCACUCUGUCAGAGAUCUAACAGGGCAGAGGAAUUGGACUGCAACCCCCCACUCCCCCCCCCCCCCCUAAAAACACACCACACGACCAAGCAUCUAGUGGCGAUUCUCACAUUCCAUUUGGAGAAAUCCAU